AACCACCCACCACAAACAACUCCUCACAAUGGCUAACCCACGCCAACGCAGGAAAGCGCGCUCGGGCACCUCUUCUGGGCCCUCGAAAGCAGCAAAGCGCGAAAUCAAGAAGAAGCUCAAUCGCGCUGCCGAAAUCAAAGGGCCAGAGGUGCUGCGCGAGGCCUGGGACAAGAAGAAGACGGUCCGACAGAACUACAUCGACCUCGGCUUGAUCGCAGACACCUCGCUGCGCCCUUCAGGUGGGACAGAGCCUGGCGGAAGCGGCGCUGGGCAGGAGAGCGUGGGCGCAAGCGGCUCGGGCAAGAAGUUGGGAAAAGGGAUGGGCAGGAUUGUCAGGGACGAAGAGGGCAACGUCAUUGAUAUCAUCGAGGGAGGAGAAGAGGAUGGCCAGGCUGAUGAAGCCACUCCCUGGGGCAAGAGCAUGCGAGGAUGGGAGGAUGAUGAGCAAGAAGAAGGAGGCACCGCCGCACCAGCUCCUCCGAAGCCGAAGAGUAAGGUAGUCGAGCACCUCGAAUCCAUCCCGGACCCUGGCCCGCUCCCUCGUCACGUUUCGGAACUCGAGGCUCACUGGCUGCUCAGCAUCGUGCGCAAGCACGGAGACGAUGUCGACGCCAUCUUCAUGGACAAGGGUCUUAACCAGUUGCAGAAGACAAAGGGCGAGAUCAGGGCGAGGAUUAAGAGGGCAGGGGGAAUCGACAAGAUUAGGGAGGCGAUUGCAUUUGAGGACGCCAAGAAGGGAUGAGGAGAGGCACACACGAGGCAUCACAGGCUUUGAGAGAGGCCUGUUGUAUUUGUAUCACCCAGCAUAUAAAGCCAUGUCACUUAGAUGGUAUUCUUCGAGUCAGAGUGCCCUGGACCGUAGAGAAUCGAACCGGGACGAGACAAUUCUG